GAGCCACGCAUUCCCCGCCCCCUCCUCCUUCCCUGCUUCGCUGCCAACCGGGACGCGACCACCCACCACCCCCCGGCUAUUCUAUUUACCGCCCGCGACAGCGUGCGUGCCUUCGCUUCGACCCCGGGCCUGCCCCGCCCCCCGACGUCGGCGGCGCAUCGACGACCAGGGCUCGCCCGCGCGGCCGGGGGGUAACGGCAAGCGCGGCAUGGCGCGCCGCGACGGCCUCGUUCACCUGCUCGUGACGCUGAUCCUCCUCCUGCUGGCGACGCUCCUCGCCGCCGCCGCCGCCAUCGCCGAGGCUGCGGCGCCGGCGGAGGUCGAGGUGGAGCUGCCGCCGGCCGCGCCGGCGCAGAACGCUUCCAAGGAGGCGGAGGCGGAGACGGCGGAGCAGCAGCCGCCGCCGCCGUCGCACAUCCUGCCGCGGCCCCUCAUCAUCGAGCUCCCGUCCUCGGCGGCGGCGCGGGCGGCCGGCGCGGAGGAGGCGCUGGGCGAGGUGCCGGCGGAUGCCGUCGCGGCGUCGCUGGAGGUGGAGGUGGAGGUGGAGGUCGACCUGGUGCCGGCCGCGCCGGCGCAGGACGCCUCCGAGGAGGUGGCGGCGGAGGCGCAGCAGCAGCACCUGCCGCGCCCGCUCGUCAUCGACCUCCCGUCGUCCUCGGCGGCGGGGCCGCGGGGCGGGGACGACGUGCCGGCGGACGUGCGCUGCGCGAGCUGGCGCCUCGCGGCGGAGGCCAACAACCUCGCGCCGUGGAAGGCGGUGCCGGCGGAGUGCGUGGCGCACGUGCGGGACUACGUCACGGGCGUCGCCUACCGCUCCGACCUCGAGCUCGUCGCGCGGGAGUCCGCCGCCUACGCGCGCGCCGCGCCGCUCCGGGGCGACGGCCGCGACGCCUGGGUGUUCGACGUCGACGAGACGCUGCUCUCCAACCUCCCCUACUACGCCGACCACGGCUACGGACUUGAAUUGUUCGACCACCAGAAGUUCGACAGGUGGGUGGAGAGGGGCGAGGCGCGUGCGAUCCCCUCCAGCUUGAAGCUGUACAAUGAGGUUCGCGAGCUUGGGUUCAAGACCUUCUUGCUCACGGGCAGAAGCGAGGUGCACCAGGGCGUCACCAUGGAGAACCUCAAGAAACAGGGGUUCCAUGAUUGGGACAAGCUCAUACUCAGGGCGGCAUGUGACCGCGAGAAAACUGCGACAGUCUACAAGUCAGAAAAGAGGAAAGAAAUGGAAGAAGAGGGGUACAGGAUUCUAGGCAACUCUGGUGACCAAUGGAGCGAUUUGCUGGGAUCGCCCAUGAGUGUUCGGUCCUUCAAGCUCCCCAAUCCAAUGUAUUAUAUCCCAUGACAGAUACUGAAAAAAAAAGGGCGGGUGAAAGAUGCCGUGUUUUAUUGGAUGCAUUUUGCACCAGGCCCAAUUAUUGAACAUAAUGCUGAGUGAUGGAAACUGAGAAUAAUCUGGCAAUGGAAUUUAAAUUGUACAAAAGCUUCGCUAGCUCCAUGUGGUAUAUUGAUCCAUAACCUGUAAGUUCGAAUGUAAUGGUUGAAAUGCGGAGAGUUACUUUGUGAAUAAUUGGGGUUCUGGGAUUGCCGAGCCCAGCCCGUCGACUAUGCCGUGAGUUACGGUGAAUGGGGCGGCCGCGGCGGAUAGGAGGACGGUGGGAUCUACGUGCUCUGCUUUUCAUCCAAUCGGACGGCUCAAAGCACACGACACAAAAUUGUUGUUUCUGAUGAGAUCAGCCGCAGCAGCACUACUCAGAAAGCGGAAUAAGGCCUUGUUUAGAUGCAAGUUAGCACUUUCGUUUUUUAUUUGGUAAUUAUUAUCCCGCCAUAUGUUGACUAUGGUUCAAAAAAUUCGUCCCGCAAAUUAUAAUCAAACUAUGUAAUUAGUUAUUUUGUUUAGCUAUAUUUAAUA